AAGUGGGGGGGGGGUUUAUCUUAUUUUCCGGAAUCAUGGCGGGCGUGGAGCUGCUGUCGGACCAGGGCUACCGCCUGGACGGCAGGAAAGCCACCGAGCUGCGGAAGCUUCAGGCCCGCAUGGGUGUGUUCGCUCAGGCGGACGGCUCCGCGUACCUGGAGCAGGGAAACACCAAGGCUCUGGCCGUGGUCUACGGCCCGCACGAAGUACGAGGUUCACGCAGCCGGAGUCGCCACGAGCGAGCCCUGAUCAACUGCCAGUACAGCAUGGCCACCUUCAGCACGGCGGAGAGGAAGAGGAGGCCGCACGGCGACCGCAAGUCCACCGAGAUGAGCCUCCACCUCAAGCAGACGUUUGAAGCCGCCGUGAUGACGCAGCUCUACCCGCGCUCUCAAAUAGACAUCUACGUCAAGAUUCUGCAGUCGGACGGCGGCAACUACAGCGUGUGCGUGAACGCCGCCACCCUGGCGGUGAUCGACGCCGGCAUCCCCAUGCGGGACUACGUGUGCGCCUGCACCGUGGGGUUUGUGGACGAGACGCCCCUCGCCGACCUCUGCUACGCCGAGGAAGGCGGCGGCGUGAGCUCGCUGGCCUUGGCGCUGCUGCCCCGGGGCGGGCAGAUCGCUCUGCUGCAGAUGGACGCCAGACUACAUCAGGAUCACUUGGAUCCGCUCAUCGAGGCCGCCAUGACGGCGUGCAAAGGUGUCAGCAAGUUGCUGGAUGAGGUGGUGCGACGACAUCUGCAGGAGGUUUCUGUGCUCUCUGGAGAGUGAUGCUUGGAGGACCUCCAGACUGGGGUUUGGGUUGCAGAGCGGAGAAGUUAUUGGACCGAAUGGAAGGAUGAGAGAAUUCAUUUGGAGUGAUUUUUCUUUUCUUUUUUUUAUAUUUUCAUGGUUAUACCUUUGUACAGUAUAUGUGUGAAGCUAACAAUAAAUGUGUCAACCUUG